CAACAAAAACAACAACAGUAACAACAACAACAAUAGAACGCGCAUGGCUCUGUUAGGCUGGCUGCACUUGUGCCAUGGUAAUGGACACUACCUGACGCUGGCCGUGCUCAUCUAUGGUUACCUAAUGCUGCACACCUCUGCCGCCGCCUCUGCCAGCUCGACGACGACAACGACGACCAUGCUGGCCGUGUCGAAUCUGACAACAAGCACAUUAGGCUUAAGCCAAGAGGAAAACGCACAGAAGCCAAAACGCGAUGUUGCCCAUGUGCCUGACGAUGACUACGAUGCCAGUUAUCCAGAUGAUAUAGACGACCUUGAGGCCUUGAUUAACAAUAAGUCAGCUAAAGGUAAAUACAUUGGAGCGCCCUGCAACGAGCUGAAAUGUGAUGCAAAGCUGUUGCAUGUCACCUGCGAUAAGGAGACGCAGCUGUGCAACUGCGAGCGCAACUAUCCCGUGCAGCUGGGACUGAUAAAGGGUUGCGCCAAACCCAAGAAACUGGGCGAUCAGUGUUUCUAUGACGAGACCUGCAUCUACAACGACGAGAACUCCCUCUGUGUUCAGGUGCGACACAAUGCGAUGUGUCAGUGCGCCAGCGGCUACCACUCGGUCAGCUAUACGAAGCCAACGAGGCGCGUCUUCUGUACACCAGAUCUCAGCGAGCUGGGCUCGGAUUUGCCCACUCUGCUGGGCGUUUCUACGGGCAUUGCGGUGCUGGCGGGUCUCAUCUGCAUGGUGCUGCAUCUGUUCAGCAAGACGAAAUAUCCGAGGCAUCGCAAUUUUGCGGAUGCCAACAUACCGCCGCCCAUACUCUACUCGAGCGAUACAGGCAUACCGUUGACCGUGCACUCGGCACGUCCAUCGUCGCGCUCCAGCAUACGUUCGACGGGCUCGAUAGGCUCCUUUGGGAAUCGUCGCGCCUCGUCCGGCGGAUUGGCCGGCGCCACUGGCGGGGGCGUCGGCAACAGCAGCGGUGGCGGUGGCGGUGGCGGCGGCGGCGGUGGCGGCGCUGGAAGCGGCUCGAAAGGCAUACUUGUGUCGACGUCUCGUACAGGUUCUCGAAGACCAAGUCUAGCAUCUGUGCAUAGCACAAGCUCCUCGGUGCGCAGCUACAGCAUGAUGCGGUUCGAGAAGGAGGUGCAGCAGAAGGAGAUCAGGCAGGAGAUGAAGCUGCGUUUGGCGCGACUACAGCAGCAGCAGCAUCUUACACAGAAUAAGCCGCAGAUUAUCAUUGGGGAGGCGUUGCUGCAGCAUGGCGCACUCAGUCGUGUUACCAUGGCCACGCCCAGUCCGCUGACGCCCAACUCGCUGGACGAGCUGCUGCCAUCGCUAGAUGAGAACCAGGAGUAUCCACCCAGGCUGGAGAACACAUUCAAGCAGCUGGUCCAGCCGCAGGCAACAACAAUGACAGCAACUAAAGCCGCAGGCUCAGGUUCCGGCCGUGCAAAUGGUUACAACGGUCCCUGCAGCUCCUCGACUGAGGCUCUCUGAAAGCGAUCGUAGCUAUAGUUAAAUAGCUCUCUAGUCCUGUACAUCUAGCCCCCCGCCCCCCUCCUCCACCCCGUUCUCCCAUUCACCUUAAAUGGAACUAAAUAAAUAUAAGUUAAUGCUUAAUUGUUAGUUCAUUGAAUUAAACGUCAAACGUGUUUAGUUUUAGCCAAUUAGAUUAUGUGUAACAUAGUAAGAGCGUGUCUCCUUUCAAGGACAAGAGCUACCCUAUAAAGAAUUAGUUACGUGUUGUUAUCUUCUAGUUGUAUGUACUAAGCGUACAUAUAUCGUUUAUAUGUUCGAUAUUUUAUGUAAGUACAGAAAGCUUAGCAUUCCAUGUGGAAUUUUUGAAAACAACGCAAAUUAAAUAUUCAUUUUAAGUCACAAAGCAAAUGAGUUAUUUCUAAUUUACUUCAUUAGAAUAAUUAAUUAUUGGCUUAUUUUUAAGAACAAAAUAUUAAUUACUGA